CAAAAAAAAGGUCAACACGUGGAUAACAAAGUGACACAGGAUAAUUCUCCCAGCAAGGACCACCAGAAACAUGAAAAUAUAGCUCAAGAGAUAAGGAAAAUGUGAAAUCUCUUGUAUUCAUUAGCCCUGCUGAAAUUGAAGAAAUAGAAUUGAUGAGCAAGAAAAAGCUACACAAUAACCAUAAUGCUAAUUUAUGGCCCUGCUGCAGCUUUUUGUGUCCAAAAUUCUUUGUAUUGCUUCAACAGCAACAGCAACAGCAGCAACAUUUCUAGCAAAAGUAGUAGCGACCUCAACAGAUUCAGCCGCCGAUGUAUUCUUGCAGGUAGCUUCCUUGCGGCAACGGCGGCUGUUUUAGUCCCUGCAGCUGCUCCUGCCGAGGUACCCCAAGACUUGGAAACACUGUCUAACAUACCCCAGACACUUUCCGGAGAGUGCUCAUCAGCGAAAGAUUGCAAGAAGCCGAGGAUCCAGCGACCAAAGUCGAGGAAAGCCGAGUCAUGCACCAUCAAAUGUGUCACCACUUGCAUUAGAGGUGGUGACGGUUCUCCUGGAGAAGGUCCUUUUAAUAUAAGAAGACCGUUGGUGGUUUUCAAGGAAGGGUUUCGAAGUCGAAAGUACUGCUUGGUGGAGUGUUCCGAUAUUUGUAAUUUGAUUGGAGAUGGAGAUGAUGGACCUUGAGUUGUACAUGAUUCUCUUACUGCAAAACAGAGUUGUUUUUUUCAAGAGAAUAAGA